AUGUCGAACAAUAUCGUGAUUCUGGGAGCCGGUGUCACUGGUCUGACAACCGCGUACCUGUUGUCCCAAGACUCCACAAACAAUAUUACGGUUAUUGCAAAGCAUAUGCCUGGAGACUAUGACAUCGAAUAUGCUUCUCCUUGGGCAGGAGCCAACUAUAUGCCCGUCGGCAAGGAAGGUAGUAACCACCAGGCGUGGGAGAGGGCCACUUGGCCUGCCCUGAAGGCAGUGUGCGAGAAGUAUCCCGAGGCGGGCAUUCAUUUUCGAGAUUCAUUGAUCUACAACCGCAAAAAGGAUCAAGAGUCCGCUACCGGUCAAUGGUUUUCAGAAUUGGUGCAACCUAAUCCAUGGUAUAAGGAUGUUGUUCCGGACUUUGAGACUAUUCCUGAAAGCCAGCUGGCCCCUGGUAUUGAUAAUGCCCAGAAGUUUACAUCUGUCUGUAUCAACACGGCAGUUUAUCUGCCAUGGCUCGUUGGUCAGUGCUUGAAGACUGGUGCAGUCUUCAAAAGAGCUGUAUUGACUCACAUUUCCGAGGCGGCCAAUGCGCACCACUCUGGUCAGAAGGCUGAUGUGGUUGUGAACUGCACAGGCCUAGCAUCUAAAACUCUUGGAGGAGUUCUCGAUGACAAGAUGUACCCAGCUAGAGGUCAGAUCGUUGUAGUCCGAAAUGACCCUGGUGAGAUGGUCUCUGCUUCUGGAACAGACGAUGGGGAGGACGAGGCGCUGUAUAUUAUGACUCGGGCUGCAGGUCAGAUUGAAAAUGACCCCACAAAGAACAACAACUUACAAAUAAUAGGGGGUGGCACUAUUCUUGGAGGGUCCUACCAGAAGCAUAAUUGGGACCCAUUACCUGACCUGAACCUUGCGAACCGAAUUAUGAAGCGGGCAAUCGAUAUUUGCCCUAAGCUUGUCAAGGAGGGACAGGGCAUCGAGGGGCUGAGUAUCAUUCGUCAUGGUGUUGGCUUGCGGCCUCUCCGUGAUGGCGGCCCUCGUGUUGAGAAAGACCAGGUUGACGGUGUUAAAAUUGUUCACAAUUAUGGCCAUGGUGGUUUUGGUUACCAGGCGUCGUUUGGCUGCGCGGAGGAUGCCGUAUCUCUGGUUAAGGAGGUCUUGAAGAGCAAGACACGUGCCAAGCUCUGA